AAAGAGAUACACAUGUGCCAACUGGAAUCAGUAGAGAUUCAACGAUCGUCUAGAACGUUUUAUAUUGAAUAGUGCUCUACAAGAGUUAAGUUGAAAAACACGUGUAUUUUUUUUUCAUAAUUAAAAAAAAAAUAACAAAUUUACCAUGGCCACCAGCAUUGAAGGUUAUAAAUUGGGCAAAGUUAUUAUUGAGGGUAAAACCAAACAGGUUUAUGAUUUACCCGAACAUCCCGGUUUGUGUUUGCUAUUGAGCAAGGAUCGUAUUACAGCUGGUGAUGGUGUUAAGGCUCAUGAUUUGCAGGGUAAAUCGGAAAUCUCAAAUGCCACAAAUGGUUUAGUUUUUCAGAUUUUAAAUGAAGCCGGCAUUAAUACCGCCUACGUGAAGCCAGCUGGACCCAAGGCUUUCAUUGCUAAAAAGUGUGAAAUGGUUCCCAUUGAGUGGGUUACUAGACGUUUGGCUACUGGUUCAUUUUUAAAACGUAACCCAGGUGUACCAGAAGGUUAUCGCUUCUCUCCCCCCAAACAAGAGACUUUCUUUAAGGAUGAUGCCAAUCACGAUCCCCAAUGGUUGGACGAACAAAUUAUUUCCGCUAAAUUCACUUUUAAUGGUGUCUUGAUUGGUCAAGAUGAAGUUGAUAUUAUGAAGAGAAUGACAUUGGCUGUAUUUGAGGUUUUGGAAAAGGCUUGGGCCACUAAAAAUUGUGCCUUGAUCGAUAUGAAAGUUGAAUUUGGUGUUGAUGAGCAAGGUAACAUUGUCUUGGCCGAUAUUAUUGAUUCCGAUUCAUGGCGUUUGUGGCCUGCUGGUGAUAAACGUUUAAUGGUUGAUAAACAAGUCUACCGUAAUUUGGCCUCAGUCACCCAAUCCGAUUUGGAUACCGUGAAGCGUAAUUUCAUUUGGGUCAGUGAUCAGCUUAAAGACAUCAUUCCCAAAAAUGAUCAUUUGGUUGUCAUUCUUAUGGGCAGUGCUUCCGAUAAAGCUCACUGUGAAAAAAUUGCCGAUCAAUGCAAGAGUUUGGGUUUAAAUACCGAAUUACGUGUCACUUCUGCCCACAAAGCUCCCGAGGAAUCUUUGCGCAUUAUGCGUGAAUACGAAAGUGUCAUGAACAAUCUCAUUUUUAUUUGUGUGGCUGGCCGUUCCAAUGGUUUGGGACCUGUCCUAUCGGGCAACACCACCUACCCUGUCAUCAAUUGUCCUCCCCUUAAGGCUGAAAAUAUGCAAGUUGAUGUUUGGUCUAGUCUUAAUGUUCCCUCUGGUUUGGGUUGCCCCACUGUUUUGUAUCCCGAGACUGCCGCUCUACAUGCUGCUCAAAUUUUGGGUCUUUCGAAUUAUAUGAUUUGGUCGAAAUUACGUGUGAAACAAUUGAACAAUUUUGUCAACUUAAAGAAGGCUGAUAAGGAGUUACGUGGUGUACGUAAAGCUUAAGUGUUAAGUUUAUGAUUUUGUAUAAUUAAGUUGCCAUUUAAUUUUUGAAAAAAAUUUUAAUAAAAAAAACUUUUUUAAAUAAUAA